AUGCUUGAAAGCACUUGCCAGAUACUUGAUUUACUUGUUGAACCUGUCACAGAAGUAAAUUUACUUGUUGGUGUCUACACCAUAACGGCUCUGAGUGUUGAACGUUACAUCGAUGUAACAGAGACAAAUCGUCGUUAUAAUGAUCAAAUGAAAUUGAUCAUUGUUUUACUUUACAUUAUUGUCUUGUGGAUAUGUGCAAUUUGUUUCCCAUUACCCAUGUCCUCAUCAAUUUAUGUUAAUAAUCGGACAAGUUCAACAAGAAGUUCCGGUUAUGAACAAAAUCGAACACGUUUAACAAUGACAACCACCAUUGUGAGUGAAUGUAAGUCAAUGUGGACAAAUGCUGAUCAAUCAAAAUUUGUUACAAUUAAAUUUAUAUCUGCUUUUCUUUUACCAUCAUUUAUCACAUGUACAUUUUCAUUUCGUCUUAUACUUUUUUUACAUCGAUGGUCAAAGCAAAAUACCUAUCGUCGUACAUCUUAUGCAAAUACAUUUCAUACCGUUAACGUCUAUAAACGUCGUGCCACCACACUUGUUCUCAUUAUCAUUAUCAUCUUUUUUCUUCUAUGGUCACCAUUCUGGAUUUUGCAAUUAUACGACUCAUCGAAUAAACAUCCUACACGAUAUAUUCAAAUAUUAAAUUUUCUUACAUUGGUACUAGUAUAUGCUAAUGGAUUUCUAAAUCCUCUCUUAUAUCUAAUAUUGACACAAAAUUUUCGUGAAUAUAUGAAAAAUAUCAAAUGGAUUCGAAUAUUUCGCGCAAAACAAACAAGACAAAAGUAUGCAUUUAUUUAUGUUGAAAAUGGACUACAGCAUACACAAAGUGUUAGUGUAUUGAAACAAAAUACACCAAGUAAACAAGAAUUUGUUGAUCAAAGUUCAUUGUAA